AUGGAAUUUCAAGAAAUAUUGGAUGGAUUUCUAUUGAUAAGUAAUGAAUUUUAAGGUUCUCAGAAUUACAAAAUUGUAAUGGAAUUGUAUAAUAGAUCCUCUAAUUUGUAAGAUCUAUUUGAAAAUGGUUUAAUAAUAGAAGGAACAUAAUAUGAUUUUGACCUGGUUGAACAUAUAGAUGUAACAUAGUCAGAUUGAGUUUUCUAGGCUACAAAAUUAGAAUUAGAUAAAUUUAUUAAGAAUGUUUAAGAUUCAGUUGCUGUUAUUUAUGGAUACAGAAAAAUAACAAGUGCUUUUGCUUCUUUAAAAAAAAGAUUAGUUUAAUAAGAAGAAUAAUAAAAAGUUGUUAUGACUAAUUCUUAGGUUAUUGCACCUAUUCCUAUUUAAUAAUAAACAAGCAAUAAGGUUAAAUUAUUUGAUAGAUAAUUAAGUAAUGAAAAUCUUGAUAAUGAUUUAUAAGAGGAAAUCUUCAACAUUAAUAUGAGAAUGAAAGGAAUAGUUAUGGAUAUAUUAAAAUAAUUAAAAUUUGAUAAUAAAGUAAUUAUUAAAAUAUUACAUAAGUAAGAUACAAAUAAGACUUAGUUAAAAUUUAAAGAAAAUAAGUUAUUCAGUUAUAUGAAAUCUAAAAGUUUAAGUUGUUCAUCAUUAUUUUUAAUGCUUACUACUUCCAUAUUUUUAUUUAUAUUUGCAAUCAUCUUUAUUAGAAUUUCAUGA